UUCAUUCCUACGUUACGGUGCACAGUGGAGGAGUGUCUGCUGGUCCAUGGCUGUGUCUGCUGAACGUGGUGCCGCUGCAUGGAAUUGUGCCGCGAAUGUCUGCUUCUGUUCGGUGUGUCAUCGUGUGGUGUCGGUCAUCUUCUGUGGAGUGUAGCAUCAUCCCGUAAAAGUGGAUGUCGCUGAGUUGUUGCUCGUGAGCAACCGUGCACAAGUUGGAUGAUUUUGGGACUAGAUCGUCUUCGAUUUCGUAUGGUACUGUGAAAGGAGGGCACACUGCGUCCAGGUGGGAAACAACAUGUCCGUCAUCUGCCAAAAUUUUGUCCAAAAUGCUUGGAAGAAAGACCUCUGCUCCAACUGCUUCAAGUCCUUCUCAGACCACACUUCUGCAGAGGAUCCGUGCUCAGUUCUUCUCACCCGAACCGAAGUCGAAGAGAACGAAAAAAACACGGUAUUUAACAACCUGAACGGCACACGGUACAUCUCCCAAGCGACCACGAUUUACGAGUCGUGGAAGACGCUUAUUAAUGACCAGACAUCAACAGCGUUCGUCUUGUUGAAAUCGCCACAGAGACAAGAAAUCCCUCCCGAAAUAGUGAGACAAACCCCAACUGUCAUCAGCGAAACACAAACACAACCGACAAGUAAUGGUGUCGCGCAAGGAAUCCUCAAGGUCGGCUCAAAACCUUCGGAGGUCCCUCGCAGAAACAGUGUCGGGUUCAAGGAAGACCACGUCCAGGUCAUUGGCUACGGGGGCAAUGACGAUUACGACUCCGACGAAGGGAAUUGGGAGAUGAGUUCGGACGACGACGUGUCAUUGGAAUCCUUAGAUUGCACGGAGGAAGAAAAAGUAAUCACGAAGAUAACGAAAGAGAACACGGAUUUCAAUUCAAACAACGAGAACCUCCUCACACCUCAAGAAAAGCCUCCGAAAGUAGCCGCUGAAAAUAACUCGGAGGGCGACAAAAAUAGCGUCGGGCCUGAGCUUGAAAGCGCCGCCGUUCCGAGCUCAGUCUGCGAAGACAGCUUGGAGACCAGCACCUCGUCAGAUCCCUCGACACCCGUGACAGAAGAUGUAAUUACGACAGACAAGGAUGAGACGGGGGAGAUGCAGCGGCAGCAAGAAGACACUCCGAAAGAAGGAGAAGAGGUGCAGGGGGAUGAUCCUAAGGUGAUCGCGGCGACUCUGUGCAAGAACAGCGUACCGGUACCAGGUAUCUACGAAGCGCGCUCUUCUUUUCUGCAUAGUAUCGCCGAACCUCCCGUGGCAAUUUACACCCCUGCUUCUGACUUGUUUGUGCACCGCGGAAGUACGUCGUCCUCGUCCUCUGAAGAAGACGCUACGGCGAAAGUUCUGGCGAAGCCGCCCGCAGCAAAACUCCCGUUGAAGCCGAAGAUUCCCGCGAAGCCAGUUGUAAAGAAAGAGCAGAACGUGCCGCCAGUUUCACCUGCUUCGACAGACGAUGUCUCGCCGCGAGAAGAUAUCGCAGAAGUCAAACCCGUGGUGUCUCCAGCGCCUCCAGAGGAAGUGGUUGGUCAAGCGAGCCCUCAGGUCAAUGAGACCACUGAAACCGUCCACGUAGCGAACAGCGCUAGUGUGCCUCCGGAACCAGAGAAUCCCGUCGUCCAAAAAGAGAAUGGCAGGAACUUCUACGACGGAAGUAUCUACUACGCUGUGUCUGAACCGUUCAGCACGUCACCCGAACAUGAGGCACGAAACAUGAACUUAGCUCGAACGCUCCACUACUCCGAAACGAACAUCUACCAAGAAGUAAAGAACAAUAACAAUCGAAGCCCGGAAAAGAAAGACAUUAAGUUGGCAGCUUUGGCCGUGGAACUCGAGCAGGCACGCUACAGCAGCACCCCUUCCAAGCGGGCCGCCCCCGCACCGCCGGCGAAUCCACCAGAGCAGCAGUUGACACCCGCCGCGAAGACCGAGUCGCCUUAUUACUACUAUGCAUCUCGUAAACUCGGGUUCCUGAAAUCGAAAAGUGAGAAAGAUAACGACAGGUUGAAUGGAAGCACGAGUCCCACUGCCGUUUACAAGUCUCCUUCGCCGACGGAAUCGUCGGAUGACAGUACUCCGAAGAACAAGAAGAGCAUCUUUUCUUUCAAAAAGUUGUUGAAGCGAGGAAACAGUAGCAAGGAUCUUGUGUCCGACGAUGUGGCGCAGAUGAAAUCGACGAAUAACCCUACGAACCGGAAGGCGUGGAAGCACGCUGAAUUCGACAAGAGCCGACUACGUCUUGAGAUUGUGCAUCCUAUGGAUAUGCCCAAGGUGGAUGAUGGGGCUCCUCCCGAGUCUGUGUCUGCGAAUGGUUCAGGUUCUCCAGUGCGACAUCUUGAGGACGGGAUGUACGAAGGUGUCACCGUGGAGAGGUACGGGGCCAUCGUGAUUCCAGCCGACUGCCGGAAUGUCCACCAGCUACCGGAAUGCCAACUCCAAAAAUGCCCACCUGGUCGUCCAGACGACCGCGAAUCCGUCAUGGCGACACCGGACUCUCCAUCGUCAAGCUGUUCUGGCUCUUCCUCUGGAGGGCCAUCCAGGCCGGCCAAGCCGCCUCCACCUCCACGAUGCAAGGCACACACGCCAACCCGUUCGGUUCCGGCGAGUGCGGGAAGUAAUGGGCCUCAGCCGCGUAAGCCCGUGGUUCCGAAGAGGCACCUCAGACACAAUGCGAAAACAGACUACGCUAACCUUGCGGACGAUGUGUGCGAUUGGAUUUCCGGGUUUGUCUCUAAGAUAGGGCAGGUCCGUACACCUAUGGCUCCCAAGAAGCCUCAGCGUUCCAGUUCCAUGGCGUCGAAUUCGGGUGAGAACUCUGGUGAAGAACAAGGCCGGUCUGGACAACAGGGCAAUAGCAGGACUUACGAGGCUCUCAACUGCCAAGUUGAUAGCAGUGACAGUACUGUAUCCGGUGGAAGUGAAACCCAAGAGGAGGAGCUAUACAGCAACACGGCAGUGCCCACACAAGCGUCCUCUCCUCCAAGUAAACACAUUUCACGUAAUGGUCCAGAUCCAAUGACUACACGCACCUGCACGCAAGGUGACAGACCGCCAAGCUCACCACCGGGCAGUCCAACAUGUCCUGACCAGGCGUCCCAUAGGGCAGAUUGGCCAACGUUUGAAGCCAGUUACGCACGCAUUACAAUGUCUAACCACGAGGCGCUGACAAAGCUGCUGGAACAUAUCUCCACAUCCAGUCACCUUUUUCCUUGUGAGAGCAAGAUAGGUGGACAGAUGGAAUGGGACAAGUUCGAACUCGAGGGGACCUCGAACAUAGAAGGUCUCCAGAUCUCCAGUGCCACGUACAAGGAAACCAGCUGUAAAGUCACGCUUUUGGUAACCAAGAAGACUUCCUUCCUACCUCCCGUGCCCCAGCUUUUAAAACAUCGAACGAUAGUCAGUUUCCUCGACAACGACACAAUCGUGCUUGUUCUUCCACGAGGUGCGGUUUCUCCAGUCCACCACAGCAACUUGCAUUCCAGUCCCCACGCCGUCGCCUAUGUCUUACUUCAGGUCAUCUCGACGCUCAAGGCCUUGCAGUCAACUGGCAUGGAAGAGGUAGAAGCAUGUAGCCAGAAAUGCUGGCUAGUCGAAUGGGAGACCAUGCAUCCGCAACUUGUCUACUUACACCAGGGAAUCUUUCCGCAACAAGAAUCGGACUCGGAAAAAGUUACCCUUUGUCAAUACGUGCAAAAAAUCAUCCUGCAACUCUUGCACUACCAAGCAGAAAGUGACAUCAUCCUUGACUCUACAAGCGACAACGCCAUCUUCUCAAUCUUGUCCUCCGUUCUCGCUGAAGAGAAAGCAAGUUCUUUGUCUCAAGCAAAGCGCUUGCUGGAGUACUUCCUCUGGGCUCCGUGGGAUUUGCUCAAAGCCAAUUGGCCAGUUCAACUUGAAGCUCACCUCCAGCGCUGGCUGGACAUCCAGCGCGCUGAGGUCUGGAAGCGGUUCGCCAGAGGGCUGCAUUCGGACGGCAUGCCAUGUAGUGUAUACUUGGAACACAAGCUGUCUUUCCUCGUGAACGGUUCUGGCAAAAUGCUGAAGGACGUUUCGUUGUUUCUGAACGAGAAUGGAUUUUUUCGCGUAGAUUCCGACGGGCUCGAUAGUGAAGAAUUGUACCAGGAUGGAAUGUUGACUCCCUUGUAACGAAGUGAUAUACGUUCCUUGAAGCAGACCACUGGGCAGCAGUUGCGCCCUUGUAUACCAAGGAAAUAAGUGUGCGGGACGGCUUUUGUGAACGAAGUGAGUCGAAAUUGAAGUGCAUCGUCAGGCAGCGGUGCAUUAUCGUAUGCUGGAAUAUAAGGGUACAGUAGACACUGAAGGUCAUGUAACAUAUAACACUUCUCGUUGCCUUUUAACCUUUUAACCUCUAUAGCAUCUUAUUCAACUGCAUAAACUGCGACGGUCCGUUAACAUCAACAAAGAUGUACUAUUAUCUGGUACGUUUUUAUUUCUCGCAUCACAGGUUGUCAAUUUUAACGUUAACGUUACAAACGUGCAAAAUGUACGUCACCCCCCUGGGUUGACGCAAAAUGGUGCCUUGUACGGGCCCUUAUAAGGUAAAUUUUGCCUGGCAAAAAGAAGAAGAACAAGCGCCUGCUGGAACAUGGCACGUGGUGGGCCUUGUAGGUUGCACCGUCCGGGUGAUAAGGGAAAUGCAUAUGUAUGAUGCUGACUGCAAUUGUAUAUAAUAUAUAUUUUUCUGUACAGACUUUGCGCACAAUACUGUGUACUGUUCCAGUCAAACAAUGAAUGUGACCAAACUAUU